UCCGAUGUGUUUUUGUGUGAUUGCAUGCUCAUUGAAAUUUAGCUGGAAUAGUUGUGUAUACUGUGCACAUAUGACAUUACUUGUUUUUUGUUGUUGCAUUUAACAUUACAUUACAGACAUGCUGCAGGUGAUUUUGACGUAGGCUGUGAGCAUGUCCACAGCCAGUGCCAUAUGACAGCGUUUCUAUGCCAACAUUGUUGUAAACACGGUUUCCCCAGUGCCUUGAAGUGAAGCUAACCUAGUUAGCCUGUAAGUGUCCCAUUAAUUCUUAGCAGUUAAAUUAUAGCUAGUAUUCGAAACAAUGCCCAAGAAGAAAGGAAAAAAUGGAAAGAAAAGUAAAGGAAAAGGAAAGAAAGAAGGCAAACAUGAGUCAAAAGCAGAUAAAGAGUCUGACAUUGAGAAGGCAAAGGCCAAUGCUGCUCUUUGGGAAGCCAGGCUGGAUGUCACUGAACACUCGCGCGUGGAGUACCGUGAAGCUGCCCGCAGGUUGGCACGAGCCAAUGAAGAGCUCACUAACCAGCAGUAUCGUGCAGAGAAGGACACAGUUGACAUAAUUACCUUCUUGAAGAGGAAAGAUGCCGAGAAAGAAGAAAAGAUUGCAAGGCUGGAGGGACAACUUAAAAGUAAAAAAAAACAAGCCCUUGAGGAAAAUGAACAACUGGUUGCAGAGUACACUCUUAAAAUCAAUAAGCUGGAAGAGAAGUUUGAGAAGAGAUCCAAUGAGUUCAGGAUGAUCCAGGGUGAACUGAAGACUAUCAAGGAGUUUCGAAAAAAGAAAGCCCAGAUGGAGCAGGAGUUAAAUAGUAUUAAAGAAAGCAUGUACAUUGCGGACAGGGAGCACAAGGAAAGCCUAGCUAGAAUGGAGCACAAAUUCUUCAGUGAAAAGGUUCGCCUAGAGAAGGAGGCCGAGCAGAGGAUCGCCCAGCUGGCUGAGAGGGCCCACAAUGAAGCCAUUGUCCAGUUGGACGAUGCGUCACGCUCAGUGUUCAAGGAGAACGUUCGUCUCAGUGAGGCUCUCAGCUGCCAUAUGAAGGAGGUAGAUGACCUGAGGAAGAUGACUGUGUCAUUGGCUGAGGAAAACACUUCCCUGGCACUGCAUAAGGAGACCAGUGAGCUGAUGAUAAAGGAGAAUGUGUCCCAGGUAAGGGCCCAGAAUGAGGAGAUAGCAGAGCUUAGGGGGAAGGUGGGGACCUUGGAGCAGGCCCUGGGGCUCAUGGUGGGGGAGUUUGAGAGAGACAAGGAGGAGACGCAGCACCGAGCCCUGGUUAGCACCCAGGCCGGCCAGGUGGAGCUGGAUAAACUGCAGAAGCUGCUGGCCAUGAGGGAGAAGGAGAUGGGGCGAGUGAAGCGGCUGGCGCACAGCAUUGUGGAGCAGCGCACAGAGCUGGAGUGCUUCUUUCAGGAGGCUUUGGGCCAGGUGAAGCAGGAGAUCCAGGCCAGCCGGCUGCAGUACAGGCAGGAGGCCCUGGAGGCCUACCGCAGGAGGAUGAGUGAGGCCCGGUCAGGCAAGCAGGAGUACCCCCGCAUCCGCACCUUCCACAAAACCCCUCACAGCACCAACAGUGUCUACACCGACCUGGAAGAGGCCGAGAAGUGGAAUAAUCUCCAGAGCAACAAGGUUGACAUCUCUGAACUCACGUGGGAGCAGAAGGAGAAAGUGCUUAGACUGCUGUUUGCAAAAAUGAACGGACAGAAAGCAAGCAGGAAACAGAGUCAACCUUUGGCGUUGUCUGCGUCCCCAGAGAAAAACCAGAACGACACUAAUCCCGGAAUUACAGAGGAGCCGUCCCAUGUGCCCUUCAUCACCCAGGCGCCUGUGUCUAACCUACCCUCGAACCCCAGCGCCCUGCCGGAUAUCCAGACCACAUGACCUCUCCCUGCAGUGUUAGUCGGUCUGAGAAAUGUGCUUGUCCAAAUGAAGUGUCUCCAGAAUUAUGUGGAUGGUUAUGUGAAAAUUGCUUCUAUGGUAUUUUCUCAUUGUCAUGAAUUAAAGUUUACUUGAACUUAAACAGACAGACAGGGGAAAAAGACAGAUGGACGAUAAAGGGUUCAAUUUAAACGGAUGGAUUUUUAUUAAAAUGCAACCUGGACGAAAUGAAUAACUGCACCACAGCAAGUGUGCAUAACACAUUUCAAAUAUUCAGAUGCACUGAAUGUAUGAUUAAUAGUGGCAUCACAUUUGGCAGCUACACAAUCAUCAACAUCAAAAUGCUGGUGAGGCAGUAUACUUUGAACACAGAUGUUGCAUACAAAGAAAAGAUAUGCAAGCACUUUACACUGUUUUAACUGCUCCACAGUUAUUUGCAUUGUUUCCUAAAUCGUAACAUAGAUACAGACACAAUUAGUAGAAACGUAUACAGAACAAAGGAACCGUCAUUCAAUGAUGAAGCCAAACUAUUGAUCCAUAGUGAGUGAAUUAAUCUUGAAAUACCAUUGAAAAAAUAAAAUCAUUUUGGGUCCAAAUUCUA